CUCCUCACAAGUCACAAGCUGCGCCGCACUUUCUGGACAACUUAGCUUGUUUUCGCGCGACGCGGCUCUUGAGUUGUGUGUAGCCGCGGGCAGGUCGCCUCCCUCCGGCAGGACACUGAGGAAACACUCGGGACCUUUUCCCGUCAGUGAGGAAUGAAAGCGCGGUGGUUUUACUUUUCUGCAGCAGCUCUGGAAGCCAGCCAGCAGUUUGGGAUUGAGAAGUGAAAAUAACGCAAAGACCUGGAAGUUAAUUGAAGAAGCCAGAAGAGACUUGUGAUAAAGGAGAGAGGAAGAGGAACAGGAAAAAUUGCAAAGAUGGGGAGGAAAAAGAUACAGAUAGCUCGGAUUAUGGAUGAACGGAAUAGACAUGUGACGUUUACGAAGCGUAAGUUUGGCCUAAUGAAGAAAGCAUAUGAGCUGAGCGUGCUGUGUGACUGCGAGAUCGCCCUCAUCAUCUUCAACAGCACCAACAAGCUGUUUCAGUACGCCAGCACCGACAUGGACAAAGUUCUGCUCAAAUACACCGAAUACAAUGAGCCACACGAGAGCCGGACUAACUCUGACAUCGUGGACACGCUGCGUAAGAAGGGUUUAAACGGCUGCGACAGCCCCGACAUCGAGGCCGACGACUCUGCUGGCCAGAGCCCAGAGUCAGACGACAAGUAUCGCAAAAUCAACGAAGACAUCGACCUGAUGAUCAACAGACAGAGAAUCUGUCAGGGUCUGCCUCCAUCCAGCUACGACAUGGGAGUGUCCCUCCCUGGCAGCAACCCUGGUGGGCUGCUAUACUCCCACCAGGGCAUGGGGGGUGGUCUGGGUAACCACAACCUGCUGCCCAUGUCACACUCCUCUCUGCAGAGAAACAGCCUGUCCCCUCAGCGGCCCUCCAGCACUGGGAAUGCAGGUCUGAUGGGUUCAGAUUUGCAUGGCACUGUUGUCUCCAAUGUUGGAAACGGCAGCUACAACCACUGCAGCUCCCCUGGUCUGCUGUCUCCAGCAGCAGUUUCCAAGAACAUGCAGGACAAGAGUCCUCCUUCGAUGAGCAUGAGCCGCAAACCAGACCUGCGAACACUGAUGCCGCCCUCCAACAAGUGCAACAACAUGCCAACUGUUUGUGAGGACUUUGACCUCAUGUUGAACCAGAGAAUAAAUCACUCCCAGACCGCUCAGACGCUGUCCACUCCUGCAGUCUCCCUCUCUGCUGCCACGCUGCCUGGUCAGGGGAUGGGCGGGUAUCCUUCUGCACUCUCCUCCUCUUACGGCACAGAGUUCUCCCUCGGCACCGACCUGUCCUCUCUGUCUGGGUUCGGAGGUUCUGGUCUUGGAUCCGUGACAAACUGGCAGCAGCAGCAGAUACAGAAUCUACAGCAUUCAGCACUUGGACACAUGGGGAACUUGUGCCAGAACUCAAAUCUGAACCUACCUUCCAGCCAUCAGAACCUCCACAUCAAGUCUGAGCCAGCGUCCCCUCCCAGAGACCGGUGUGUGGGCAUGAUGGGUGCAGGACUUGGAGGAGGCGUCACCACGGCCGGAUACUCCACCGGUGGCAGGGGUCCCCAUGAACCAGGCCGCUCCCCCGGUGACAGCGCGUCCAGCUGUGGAAGCUCGUACGAAGGCAGCGAAGACCGCGAUGAUCAUCACGGGAACGACACCUUCCUCCUCCGACCUUUGCCUAAUCAGGAGGAGCGCCACAGCCCGUCGGUCAAACGGAUGAGGUUAUCGGAGGGUUGGGCGACAUGAUGGGAGCCAGUCUGCAACCAGAAGGGAGGGAAAUGUUAGUAAAGUUACCUUAUAGUGUUAUUAUUAUUAUUAUUAUUAUUAUUAUUAAUAUCAUAUUCUUGUACUGAGUGGGUGUGCUAUAUGUGUAAUGGUAACAUGUAAAUUGGGAGGGGGGCUGUUUUGUAUGGAUACAGUGAUGCUCUGCUGUAUUUACAUGUACUGUAGGUAGACUUCACACUAGAGGAACGACUUUUGGAGAUUACUGCCGGUGUACAAAACUUGUAAGAAAUUUGUUCUAAAGUUUGACUUGUAUGUCAAAAAAUUCUCAGUUCACAGGUAGAUUUGGGAGCUUUAUCUUGUCAUGGUGUGGGAAACAGGCAGUCAAGUGAUAACUGUCAGUCACAAAGUACAAUUUAAAUAGAAAUUGUAGUGUGUAUCACUAAACAUACUGAACUAAAAUGGAAAGACACAUAAGUCUCUCAGCAGAUCAUAGAUUCUGUAACAACCAAAGCGAAAAAUAAUGCAGAUAUUUUUAUAAUCGGUUUGAGUCUUUUUUUUAAACAAAAAAAUGUCUGAAUUCAUUGAUUCCACCCACUUAAUUUCAAACUUGCUUAGUUUAUUUUCGUCUCUACCAAAAGAAACAAAAAUUGAAGUGGGACAUACAAGCAGAUUAAAAAAACAGAGAUGCCGUUUGAUUUAUGCGACCAACAUACCCUACCUCAAAAUUUCUAGAAUUAUGAAGUUUGCUACAAUCUAUGUCAAAUUGUCAUAAUACCUGAGCUGAAAUCCUAAAAUUUUCAAAUGUUUUCAUUUGAAAAAUGACUUAAAACUUCAAUCAGACAGCUGCUGACUAAUUCUCUGACAAUUAAAUUAAUCAAUAGAUUAUUUGUUCAGGUCAAAAUUGAGUCUUUUUUUGUUAAAGCUCUUAAAUUCUUAUAAGCUUAAUUCAUAAAUAGCUUUACCUGUUUGAUAAAUGCAGUGGAGUGAAAAGUCCGAUAUAGAAAUUAAAUUAUUUGCAAAAAACGUCACGUUCAGCUUUUUCAUUUAAAGUUCCUCCUUUGUGUUGAGUGUUUUGAUCUAUGAGUGAAGCUUUAGACGAAUUCUUACAAGUUUUCCACAAACACUACCUGUCCAGGAUCAGAUCGGCAUGUACUGAAGCGGCUGGAGGGUUCAUCGGUGUACAUGUAUUUGCUUGUUUUGUGUGUGUGUGUGUGUUGGGGCAGGGAAUAUGAGUAAAUAACACGUAUGUAAAACGCACAUUCGAAUAUGUGCACAUGUAUGCAAACUAACAAAAAAGGUGAAAGUGAAGAAGUCUGGUACUCUGAACGAUGAAGCUACUGGUGAGUUUAUUGUCAUGUGAGAGCAGUCCACUGCUCCACAUGCAGCGUUGCAGGUUCAACAUGUGUGCACAUAGAGACGCAGUGAAACACGGAAAUCAAGUGUGGCAAAAUGAAACAGGUGGAAAAAGAGUGUCUGAGUAAGUGAUGGAAGAGAAGGUGAUGGAGGAAUUGUGACUGAGGAGGGUUUAGUGAGACUAAAAGGAAAGUGAUUGUGCAACAGGUUGCAUAGUAAAGAAGCUUCAGGCUAAUUUCACUUGAUGUGAAGAUGCUUAUCAGAGUUAGUGAAUAUUUUUCAGAGCCGAGUUAGAAAAAGUGAGAAUUGCGGCGAAUACAAUCCAGAUACACAAAACUGUAGAAGCAAUAAAGCUGCGAGAAUUCAAUCUUACAAGAAACUGAGUUGUUAAAAUUACCCACUACUAAUAAUUUCAUUUUUGGAAAUCUCGUUUUUAAAUUCACAAAAAUUCAAUGGGAGAUUUUUUUUAAUUGAAAAAAACAAAUGAAAUCACUUAUAGCAGGGGUGUCAAACUCAUCUUAGUUCAGGGACCACAUUCAGCCCAAUUUCAUCUCCAGUGGGCAGUAAAAUCACAGCAUCAUGACCUAUAAAUAACAACAACUCCAAUUUUUUGCUUUUAGUGCAAAACAGUACGUUCUGAAAAUAUUCACAUUUAAUCAACUAUCUUUUUACAAAACACUAUGAACAACCCUGAAAAUAAAUUCACUUUUUACAGCAUUAUGCCUCAGUUUAUCAUUUACACAUUACAACUUACAGAUCAGAGAAUGUCUACAAGGGCACAAAACAUUUAGUCACAGGUAUGUGGAACUGAACAAUGUAGUAUUUUACUUAAAAAAAAAACAUAAUCAAGACAAGAGUAAGAAACAAUAUUGCAAAAAUGAUAUAUGAAAUGAUAAAAGUGAGAAACAAAAUGACAAAAAUUGAGACAAAAAAGUUACAAAGUGACAAAUAUCUCCUCUCCAAACUGAUGGAGAAGCUUGUUUUUUUCACAGCUUCUGUCUCACUUUAAUUCCAAUGGUAUUGUGGACAAAUUUCAAUCAGGCUUCAGGUCGAGACAUAGCACCGAGUCUGCACUGUUGAGGGUCCAUAAUGACAUCUUGGCAGCUCUGGACAACAGAAGUUCUGUCGUCUUGGUGUUGCUAGAUCUAACCGCUGCAUUUGAUACUGUGGAUCAUACCAUCCUCAUUUCCCGAUUUCAACACACUGUAGGCCUGCAAGGGUUCGGUUCUCAGCUGGUUCUCCUCAUAUCUCUCAAACAGGUCCUUUGCAGUACAUAUAAAUGAGUUUGCCUCUUCUGUUGCUCCUCUCUUGUCUGGAGUGCCUCAAGGCUCCAUUCUUGGUCCCAUUCUGUUUUCACUAUAUAUGUUGCCACUUGGUCAACUCAUCUCCAGUCACAACAUCCAAUUUCAUUUCUACGCUGAUGAUAUCCAAAUCUAUCUUCCAGUUAUCCACAAUGAUCACUCUGUGCUAGACCCUCUUAAUAACUGUCUCCACUCUGUCAAACAGUGGUUAUCCCAGAACUUCCUCCAUUUUAAUGAGGAAAAGACUGAUUACAUUCUCUUCAGUCCUGACCCAACCCGUAGUUCCCCUGAUUUUGGUUCAUUCACACCACAAUUUGCUUCUGCUGUGAGGAAUCUGGGUGUAAUUUUUGACGAGGGACUUAACUUUGAGAAGCAGAUUAGUUAAAUGUAAGGGCGAGCUUUUUCCAACUAAGGCUCCUGAGCAGAGUUAAGCCAUUCCUGUCCUGGGCAGAUUUGGAAAAGGCUGCUCGUCAGCUCAAGGCUUGACUAUUGUAAUGCCCUUUACGCUGGACUUAAUCACUCACUCCUCCAUAAACUUCAGUUGGUUCAAAACGCAACAGCACGUCUCAUCUCCAACUCCUCAAAAUACUCACACAUCACUCCAGUCCUUCAAGCGCUCCACUGGCUUCCGGUGCACUUUCGAGUCCAGUACAAGGUCCUGUUGUUCGUGUUUAUGGCCAUAAACAGGCGUGCCCCCGCCUACAUCUCAGAGCUGUUGGCAAUUUACCAACCUGCCAGGACAAUACGCUCGUCUAGCCUCACCUCCUUGGUUGAUAUAGAAGAUAUAGAAAGUUUGGUGACCGCUCUUUUGCCGUUCUUGGCCCCAAGCUCUGGAACUCUCUUCCAUUGCACUUACAGUCCAUUUCUGAACUAAAUGUUUUUAAAUGUCAUCUGAAAACGCACUUGUUCUGUGUAGCGUUUGAUGCUUGGCUCCUUUUAGAACUGUGUAUUUCUUAUAAUGCUUUUACUUAUUUAUUUUAUUUUACUCUGUUAAGCGCCUUGUGCUCCUUUUGGCGGUUGGAAGGCGCUUUAUAAAUAAAAUUUGAUUGAUUGAUUGAAAAAAAUUAACAAACGACACAAACGAGACAAAUGACAAAAGCGUAAAACCAAACGACAAACCAUGCACAAAACAAUGAAUAAAGCAAAACUCAGAAUGACUAAAAUGAGACAAAAAACACAAGCAAGACAAAAAGGAAACACAAAAAUGAGAAAACAAAAUGGCAAACGUGAGACAAACGAUAAAAGUCAGAUAAAAAAAGACAAAAACAACAAGAAGGGGACAAAAUUAUUUUUUUUAAUUGGAAACAAAAUGACAAAAGAACAAUGAGCAAUGCAGUAUGAUUGUUUCAUGAUCAAAACAACUUGUUAUGGUCUAAAAAUUAUUUUAAAUUUAUAGUUUUACAAAUUUACAAAUUGCUGUUAAUGUCUUCUCUGUAAUUUUUACAAAGUCGGACUGGACCCUCUGGUGGGCCACUUUUGGCCCGUGGGCCGCGUGUUUGACACCCUUGACCUAUAGUCACAUCAUUUUAUUUCAGAUGGGUAUGUUCUACUAUGAAGUAUUCUGUAGUGGCUGCAUUUCACAACUUGGUUUCCAGAUAAUUUAAAACAACGAGUCUGGCCUUUAUGUGCUUCCAUACAAUGAAGUGGCGUGAUGAAGACGUCCUUGUUAAGCACAGACUCUGUUAUCUUGUACUGAUAGUUUGCAGGAUUUUUCAGAUCAGAAUGAGGAUCCUAAAAGCCAUAAACUGAUGGGAUGGUGAUGCUUUGCUGCACAAAGUUCAUAGUGUCGGGUUUUCCAAACGGAACUUUAGUCCUUCCUUGUUAUAUCAAAUCGAUAUAUCUGGAUGUCUGCAGUUCUAUUUAUUAACAGUUCUAUAAAGAGCAGCAUUCAGUUUUCUAUUAGACAUUCAGGGAGAUUUUACAUUUAGCUCAAUGUUAGUGAUUAAAUUCCCUUCUAAAGCCUGUCUGCUGUUCAGCUGGUGUUGGACGCAACAUGAUCUCACAGCAACAGUCUCUCCAAGCACAGCCUCGCUCAUCAAAUACAUUUGCAAUGGUGGAACAAGUAGUCAUUUACUAACGCUGCAGUGUCUUGCAUUUAAAGUCCUGCUGAGGCAUUUUCAGCAAAAUAUACUUUAAAGUAGUCAGAGUGCAGCAAAAUGUUCGCUGUGACUCAGUCGUAGCAUAUUUUUGUGCCCAUUUUGAAUUAUCAGUAGAAGAAGUAAAUGGAAAUUGCAAGACUUUAAAAAUGUUCAUUUGUUAUUUAGUAUCGGCCAACACUGACACUAUUUUCCCAGAUAAUGCACACUCAAGUUGUCCCUGUAGUACCUGGCUGCAUCACCAGAUGGAGCAGUGGUGUCGUAUGUGGUAAUGCUUCAUCACGUUUUAAAUCUGUUGCAGGGUGAAUAUUGAACUGAAGCUCUACUUUAAAAAAAGAAAAAAAGUCACAAAUUAGAUCUCAGUACCUGUCAAAAAUGUUGAUGUUUACCCCAAAUCAUUCAACCCUAAUUUGAAGGCGCAUGAAACACAGCACUACACAAAUUGUGUUUUACAAGCUAAUUAUACAUGGUUUGUUGUAAAGUAACAGCUGUUAAACAAUUUUAAAUAAAUAAAAAGGAGAAUAUUUCAAUUAUUUUAGCAGAUUUAGCUCAAAGUCCUAAUUGUUGGGAAGCCCUGGUUUAAUCUUAAUUUGAUAAUCCUAUGUUUGAAGGUGCAAAACUAUACAAAUACCUUCGAACUGUAGUAGAGUAGAAUAAAUGUGCUUUCCACCACUGCAUAUGAGUGGACAUGACUUAGUUUGUGUGAAUCAUUCAUCAGCUGUUUCCAACACCAGCUGCAGUCAGAGACUGAGCAGAUGAGCUGAAGGCCUGCUGAGCAAAAUCCACGUAGUUUUUUGUAAUUUCUGAAGCAGCAGAUGUGGCUGAGGGUUGUUCACAUUUGAAUAUUUUGGUUUUAAAACUGUAUAUUUGGAGCUUGAACCCUUGACCACUGUCUGCUGUAAGUAAAUUCAGAUCCCUGUAGCUGUUCUAGUGUGAGCGGCCCUGCUGUUUAGUCACAAGGUGUGCUAAGAAGGGCAGAGCCCAGAGGUGUUUUCUCCCACACCCCUUUUCUUUUCAACGAGCUGCUCUUACUGCACCACGCCCGCCUCGUCCACAUAACAAGGUCGACUGAAGGAUAUGAGAGCCAGGAGCUCAUCCUCAGGCGGAGGUGAAGCUCACACAAAAGGGAAGCUGGAGUGUAAACUAACACCAUGUGGAAAACCCUGUUUAUUUGUGUUUUUGAUUUGAUUCUUUAACUAGUAACUGCCUGGGACUUUGUCAAAUCUGUACCUCAAAAGCCCCGAUGAAACGUUUUAUUUAAUUUUAUUGUUAUUGGCGACAUCAGUGAAUGUCCUCUGUACUAUAACUGUACACUCGGGGCUGUACUCUCCCCUCUUUAUGCACUAAUGCUUCUAAUAACACCAGUUAGGUAUUCUAAGAGAUUGUUAGCGGCAUAAGCUGGCCUUUGUCGCCACUUGGAGACAAUGAAAAAUAAAUCAAGUGCACCUCUGUUGUCGCAGAUUAUGUACAGCAAUCCCUCACUCAGAAAUGUGGUAGUAUUUGUAUUUUGCAGAAAAAAAAAUAUACAUAAAGGCUCUGUUACAAAUG